AUGAUCAUGUUCGUGGACAGCUUCUCGCGGUGGAUGAAGCUGUACGGGAUGAGGCGCAAGUCGGACACCCUCGCCUUCGUCAAGAAGUUCCUCGCCGACAUGAGUGGCACCGGUGUCCCUCGCGCUUUCCGGAUGGACAACGGGGGGGAGUUCAUCGGACGCGACUUCAUCGCCUUCUGUGACAACGCCGGCAUCCGCCGUACGUACACGGCGCCGGGCACCCCGCAGCAGAAUGGUCCGGCGGAGAGUGCGAUCUGGCGCGUGAACAAGGCCGGCCACGCCGCUCGUCUCGAGGCACCCCGCCUGUUCCCCAAGAUCGACUUCACCCGCGUCCCCGGCUUCGGGCGCGAUGGCGAGCGACUCUGGCUAGAAUCGUGUCACUGGGCUGCCGGCGGCUUCAACCGUUCUCCGACCAAGGCAAACGUCGGGUACAAGUCGCCGCACGAGCUCUUCACCGGUCGCCCGCCACCGCUCCAGAUCGUCCCGUUCUUGCAGCCGGGGUAUAUGCGUGUGACGCGCGCGAGGAAGAUGGAUCCCCAGGCAGUGCUGUGCUGCUACCUCAACAACGGCGACAACCAUCACGAGUCGGCGGUCAAGGUCCUCAAGUUCGCGACGGGGCGCGUGUGCAUGACGAACAACGUCGUGUGGGUCUCCGACCGCGCGCCGUUGCUGACCCCGCCGCUGGAGCUGCCGGCGCCGGCGGACGAGGGGGGAGAUUCGAAUGUCGCCGCCGCACCGUUUCUAAUUGAGUAUAUUUCACCGCCUCUCUUACCCCCCUCACCGUAUGCCCGACCUCCCACUUCACCCGCUGCCAUACUCUCACAGGCGCCGCCGGCAACUUCCACACCACCAUCGCCGGCGGCGCCGUCUACCGCAGCCACACCACCGCCACCGGUCACCGCGCCGCCUGCAACGCCGCUCGCCGCCGCGCCACCGUUCACCACCACCGCGCCGCCUGCAACGCCGUUCGCCGCCGCGCCACCGUUCACCACCACCGCGCCGCCUGCAACGCCGUUCGCCGCCGCGCCACCGUUCACCACCACCGCGCCGCCUGCAACGCCGUUCGCCGCCGCGCCACCGUUCACCACUGCCGCCUCGCCUCCGGCCUCACCGUUCACCACCGCCGCUGCACCGUCAGUAAUACCGUCUCCCGCCGCCGUGCCGCCCGGUGCCGCGCCUUCCACCAACAUGCCGCCGCUCACUACGAGGACCAUCCGUGAACUGGACGUGGGGCGCGGCGACAUGAGGGUUUCUGGGCGCACGAGGGCAGCCGCUAAGGACCAGGGGGGGGGGCGUGCGUCGUCAAUGCCGCCCCUCUCUGCCAGGGCCAAUCGAGAGCUGGACUUGGGACGAGAGACGCGGGUGCCAGGGAGGUUGAGGGGUCGGCGGGUGCGUUUCCAGGAUGGGGGGGCCGAGCGGUCGACGUCACCUGGCGGGAGCGGCGACGCUCUCGCCCACCGCUUCGGUCUUGUUUCCCUGCAGGACAAGGCAACGCUCCUGUCGACUCUAACCACUCGCAGCAUCGUCGAUGGGGGGAGGAAGGAGAUCCCGAGUUCAGCCGGAGGACGUGAUGGAGCGGAGCCGGGGGGGCGAGAGCGGGGGGGCACAAAAACAGGCGGACUGCGUGAAGAAGUCCCAUUUGCGUGCGCCACCUUGCUUGCCUCCCGCGAGGACAUUGAUCGCGCGAUGAGGGAUUUAGAUCCCCCGGAAGUGGCACCGGACUUGCCACAGUGCUAUGCGAGCGACUUGCGCGUACCCAAAACGUAUAGGGAGGCUGUGUCCUCUCAACAUGCUGACUUGUGGAUACACUCUGUAGAGAAGGAGUUCAGAGGCCUGAUGGAGGCUGGUACCUUUGAGGAAGCGGAUACGUGUGUGUUUCGGUUGAUCGAGGAGGGAAGAGUCGUAGUGACUCUGGUAGUACAUGUGGAUGACAUAUUUUCGAUUGGAGAGGAGGAGAGGUGUGACCAAUUUGGUAGGGACCUCAACACCAUGGUACCGGUGAAGAAUCUUGGUGACUUGAGGUGGUACUCUGGAUGUUUUUAUGAGAGAGAUUGGGAUGCAGGGACUUUGAAGAUCUCGCAGCAGACGUACGCUGAAGAGUUGGGGAUGGAGUUUGGGGUAGAGUACGGGAAGGAAAUUCCUCUUCCUGUAGGGUUGAAGCUUUCAGAGUUUGACCAGGAUGAGGAAGUGGUAUCAUGGCCUUUUCGUGAGCUGAUAGGAUCAUUGAUGUGGCUGGCAACGCAAACGAGGCCAGAUAUCGCGAAUGCAGUAAGAGCGGUAGCACGGUACUGUGCUUCUCCCAAAGAAAUUCAUUGGAGAGCAGGUCUUGGUAUUUUGGGGUAUGUGGUAAGGACUAGUGACUUGGGGAUUGCAUUCAGGAGGGGUAGUGUAGCAGGGUUAAGCAUGGAGGUGUUCGCAGACGCAGACUAUACAAGCAAGGCUGCCGAUAGGAGGUCUGUGUCAGGAGGCUUGUUGAUGUGUGUGGGGGGGUGUAUUUCUUGGUUUUCAAGGACGCAGAAGUGCGUUACGUUGAGCACGACAGAGGCGGAGUAUGUCUCCCUUGCGGAUGUGAUGAAGGAAGUGUUGUUUCUGAGGCAGGUAUGGCGUUUCAUGUUGCCAGAAGCAGGUAUACCGUCGUGUAUUCCGGUGUUCGAGGAUAACCAGGGGGCUAUUCAGCUGGCGCAGAACCCGAUUAGCAACAGUAACUCGAAGCACAUCGACCUAAGGCACCACUUUAUCAGGGAACUGGUAGGCAGGAAGGAGAUUCCGAUUUUUCACGCGGAAUCAGCGCAUCAACAUGCUGACUUCCUCACGAAGGCACUUGGGAAAUUUUGAGUUUUAUCGUAAUUUCGUGAUGAGUGCGGAACAGGAACGGUAGAUUUGGAUUUAUUUGUAUUUAAUCAAAGAACUAGGGUGGCAUUGUUUUACAUUUUUGCCUAUGGUCUUCUCAAUGAAUGGCGCUCUGGGAUGGGGGGCACCUGGAUCGCUAUGAUUAUCGAAGAACUACAACUGGAAUGAUCGGGGAUGGAAAUAUGUUUCUAGCACAGAAGGGUAUUGUUGCAUAGUUGAGUUGUGUUUUGGAUUAUUUCCUUGUGUUUUGGAGUUACUGAAAGAUCAUGAAGACAUGGCAUAGCCACAAGCAGGGAGGCUGAUAGA